UUUAGUCAAUCCUCUCUGACAGACGGCGUGUCGUGAAAUUAAAGAAUACACAGAGUCUUAUGAGUCGAGCGGAAAUAAACUCAAAUAAUUCGAUCACAUAGACCUUUAUUUUGUAAUAAUUUGUACCUGUUGAGAGUCAAGCUCUAGCGUUAAAUAUUUUACCCAUUUAAUUAAUUCAUAAUAUUUAUAAAUAUCUCUCAAUAUGUCAGAGAAGUUCGAUGGACCCAAGGGUAGUGAUGAAAGUGGAGACGAGGAGCCGGCACUCAAGUUGAGAUUGCCACCAAUAGAAAUAAACCCAAACGAUAAUCAAUUACAGUACAGUUAUGGGCUGUGGUACAGUAAAAGAUCAGUAGGUAAACUGAGUGAUAGGCGUUAUGCCGAAAAUUUAAAGUUAAUCGGUAGGUUUGGAAGUGUUGAGCAAUUCUGGGGAAUCUACAGUCAUCUGGUGAGACCCUCGGACCUUCAUCCUUCGUCUGACUUUCAUUUAUUUAAAAAUGGAAUCAAACCCAUGUGGGAGGAUUUAGCGAACAGACAGGGUGGAAAAUGGGCAGUGAAACUGAGAAAAGGACUGGUGGAUCGUUGUUGGGAGAAUCUGGUGCUUGCAAUGUUAGGGGAACAAUUUAUGGUGGGUGAGGAAAUUUGUGGAGCUGUUGUAUCUAUUAGAUUCCAGGAGGACAAAAUAUGUGUAUGGAAUAAAACAUCAUCGGACGUUGCGACGACAGCUAGAAUCAGAGACACCCUCCGACGUGUUUUACAUUUACCUGCUGACGUUCUGAUGGAUUACAAACCCCACACUGAACGCCUCAAGUACGGCAUCAUCAAGAGCCAGAGUGAGGGGGUAGUAAAACCGACUUACUGAUAAUAAAGCGAUUUUACUCGACCAAUCCAGCAUUUCGAGAGAAAAUAACGAUUACUCGUCGAUUAACCAUCGCAGGAACAUUGAAAUCAACUGAAAAGUAUUGUUAUUGAUUUGUAAAGCCAUUAUAAAUUGUCAUAAAAAUUGC